AUGCACCUUGAUCCAGGUACCGCCCGCCGCGUCUACUGCUGCUGGCUGGCUGCCAGCACAAUAAUUCCCCGAUCCUCAAUAAAUAACCUCAGAGGGGCAGGCAACGCAGAGAGAGGGGUGAUCAAGGGGGAGGGAAAGGAGGCUCUGCGGACCGGCCACCGGGGAGAGGACCGACUACCCGACGCGACGCGCGACCAGACCCAUGGUUCAGGUUCUCGCGUUCAGGUUCAGGGCUUGACCCUUCCACCCAUUCUCCCAGUUUUCUAUUGGCCCCUCGCUCCCUUCCAGAAUUUGAUGGCGGCAAGGGUCAAGGGGGGGGUUUGGGGGUGUGGGAGGUGA